AUGGAUCUAAGUGCCGGUUUAGUGGAUUCCUGCCCUGGAAAUCUACAGGGUGUAGAAGGGUUCUUAUUUUUAACCCUUCUAAACGCCUUGAUGGCAGGAAAAUGCAACAUCGGAUCCAUCGAACCCUAUCCGAAAAACUACGGUCUUGAAUUGAAGGACGACGAAGAAUUUGAUUUCAUUGUAGUCGGAUCAGGUUCCGCAGGAUCAGUGGUGGCCAAUAAGCUAAGUGAAAAUAAGGAUUGGAGGGUUUUAGUGUUGGAAGCAGGAGGAUAUCCCUCGGCUACUAGUGAUGUGGAAGCAGAUGCAGAAAACUUGAUCCUUUUCAAAAUUAUGGGUAAAAAUUUAACAAUAAAACAAGAUGUGCUUUAUAAAUAUACCAUCUUUAACUGGCCCUUCCAAAAAAAGAUUGAAAAACUAUACUGGCGUCAUUAUUAUUUGACCAUUUUGAUACUAAAGCUUUUUUCUUCUUAA